AUGUCUGCGGUCGAAACAGCAACUCCGCACCUUCGGGUGUCGGCGAGGACGUCCAAAACAGAGCCCGCGUCCGCAAGAAUCCAGGCACCCGAGGCCCUGGUUGACGACCACUUCUUCUGGACAUACACCGAAGAGCCACACCGCUCAAGACGCCAGGCAAUUAUCAAAGCCCAUCCGGAGGUCACCAAGCUAUGUGGUCCUGAGCCUCUCACAAAAUGGGUCGUCUUCGGUGUUGUCUCCCUGCAAAUCACCUGCGCCAUUCUCCUCCGCAACACCUCCAUGCUCGACUGGCGGUUCCUAGCCACGGCCUACGUGAUUGGAGCAACAUGCAACCAGAACUUGUUCCUCGCCAUCCAUGAGAUCUCCCACAACCUGGCAUUCCGCUCGCCCAUGGCCAAUCGCCUGCUGGCUAUCUUCGCGAACUUCCCUAUCGGAGUGCCAUACAGUGCUGCCUUCAGACCUUACCACCUGACCCAUCACAAGUCCCUCGGUGUAACAGGCCUAGACACAGAUCUUCCAACAGCAGUCGAAGCCUUCUUCCUAAACUCCCUCCUAGGAAAGACAUUCUUCUGCACCUUCCAGAUCCUCUUCUACGCUGUCCGCCCAAUGUUCAUCUACAGCCCCCCAUUCACAUACAUCCACCUCCUUAACCUAGUCGUGCAAUUGAGCUUCGACUACGCUCUAACUAAGCUCUGCGGCGGCUCCAUCCAGCCAAUGAUGUACCUGAUCAUGAGCUCUUUCCUCGCGGGCUCUCUCCACCCCUGCGCUGGCCACUUCAUCGCCGAGCACUACUUCUUUUCGAACGUCAAGACCGGCGGCACGGAGUCUCUGACCGAGCUCAAGACGAAGGAGAAGGCUACUCCUCACCCGCUUGAUUCGCUUCCUCCCCCCGAGACAUACUCUUACUAUGGUCCCCUGAAUAUCCUUACUUACAAUGUCGGAUUGCAUAACGAGCACCAUGAUUUCCCUGCUAUCCCCUGGACGAAAUUGCACAAGUUGCAUGAGAUUGCGAGUGAAUUCUAUGAGCCGCUUCCUUGCCAUCGGAGCUGGGUUUGGGUUAUUUGGACUUUCAUUUUGGACAAGGAUGUUGGUCCUUGGUGCCGUGUGAAGCGUGCGCAGGGUGGUCGCAUUGUUGGUGGUGGAAAGAAGAAUGAAGGCGAAUCUGCUGCUGCUUCCAAGGUUACUGGUCGUGGUGGUGAGGGCAUCUCUGCUGCGUCGGCGGGUCCGGCUGGUGAGGAGGGCGAUGGGUGGAAGGAGAGUGAGAUUCAAUGCUAG